AUGUGGAACCCAGUCUACGCCCUCACGCCCCUGAUACUACUGUUCAUCUCCAUCCCGCUCGCCAUCUUCGCCGUUGUCACCACGUCAGUCGCCAUAUCGCUGCUCUCCUUGCGCGCAUUGGCCGUGUAUUGCCGCCUUGCAGUAGCCAUCGUUGGAGCAUGGCUCUCCCCCUCGCCGCCGAAGCCCAUGCCGCUUCGCCGUUCCUCUCUCAUGCCUUCGUCCGCCCGACAGUCUCCGACCCGACAGCGCCAUCGCCGGGCCAGCACGGCCAGCACGACAUCUUCACAAGACACCGGCGUACAUUCGGCACACACGUCGCGUCUUCUGAAGCACAAGAAUAAAUCUCUCACGGCGCUCAUUGGUACAAGCGAGUUGACGCGCGACUUCGAAGGUGUGGGCGGGUGGAGGAUGUCUGGCGAUGAUGACGAAGAGGCACUGUGGAUGGGCAUCAACUCGAGGCUUCAAUUGCCUGCUGAGACGCCUACUAGGAGACAUGCUAGAAGCCUGACAGGCGGCGUGAGCCCAGGCCAGAGGUGGAGUGCCGGCUCAGAAGCGUUCCGGAUGAGUCCGGUGCAGAGCAGGGCGAGGACACCAGUGCGCUUUGCCAUCGAAGACGAGUCUGGCUAUUUUCCUAUGCAGCCAGUCUCCGCCAACCGCCGUUCAAGCGUCGGUUCCGAUUCUAUAAAACACCACAAAAGAAGGAAGAGUGGCAGUGGUGGUAGCAUGUCAAGCACUACCUCGGUCCCCCGAGAACCCACAACUUACGCCCUCCAUGGCUGA